GGAGCCCGGAAGUAGGGCUGGACCUCGGCUCUUUAUAAACAUGGCCGUUAAGUCCUUUACAGCAUCAGGUUCUGCGUUUGGCUGAAUUAGUUAGACAUUCAGGAAGUCACUGAGGGUAACUAAUACAGUAACAGGUGGAAAGAAAAUGUAGACACACAACGGGCGCCUCUACAUUAUUUUUCAUUGUUUUAUCUUUGCGUGGAAACGGCAUUUAUAAACUUAAUGUAGUACUUUAUGCUAGCUAGCUAACCAAGCUAACGCCAUCUCAACGUUAACUUCUGUCAACUUUUUUAUCCAGCUAACGUAAUCUGCUACUUGACUGUUUAACGAAGUGGAGGAGUACCGUCGCUCGCAGGCUGCCUCGAUGAAUAUUUUAACGUUACACACGGACGUGUCGGAUAUACUCAGCUAAGGGCUGACCUAAACUUUAUUGACGGCUCCUUUAGGGUUGUUUUUUCCUCCCACUGGCAACAGCCAAGCGCCCUGAAAGGGAGAACAUAAACAAUGUUUUCUGUCAAACCCAUGAAACCAACCUUCAAGUGUUAUCUUCCUCCUGUACAGACUGAUGUGAAGAACACUAUUGAACCGCCUAUUAAGAAGUUGGAGCCCAAGUUAAUUCAAGGGGAGAUAGUAGUUAAUGAGGUGAACUUUGUGAGGAAAUGCAUCAGCGCUGAAAGCAGCCAGGAUGACCUUUGGGGGAAGUUGAUAUGCACCAACUUUAAGGUCUCCUUCAUCCCUCAAGAUGCCCCUUCUAAACAGAAGUCCCAGUUGUCCCACCUCCUGCUUGGAGAACACGACAUCCCCCUCACCUGUCUGGAGCAAGUAGUAACAGCAAAUGAUACAAAGGGGAAGAAGAAAGUAUUGGGGUCAAACCAGAAGCUGAAGUUCAACCCGACAGAGCUCAUCCUCUAUUGCAAAGACUUGCGCAUCAUUAGGUUCUGCUUUGAUGAGGCUGGGCCUGAGAGUGCCAAAAAGGUUUGCCUUGCUAUUGCCCACUAUUCUCAUCCAGCUGAUCUUCAACUGCUGUUUGGCUUUGAGUAUCAAGGGCGGCGAUACCAUGCAUCUAAAGAAGAGCAUGUCAAUGGUUCCGCCCCUCGAGGAGGAUUAAGGACCCCCAUUUUUGACCGUCCAUCAGACUGGGAUCGGGAGAUCAAGAGAACUGGGGCAUCAGAGUGGAGGGUGUGCUCCAUCAACGAGAGAUAUGUCAUCUCACUAAGUCUUCCAGAGUACAUUGUGGUCCCAGUUUCUCUGGCAGAUCAGGAUCUAAAGCAGUACUCCAUAUUCUUCGCUGAUCAGCGCAUCCCGCUCUGGUGCUGGAAUCACCCAAAUGGAAGUGCUCUUGUCCGCAUGGCCAGCAUAAGUGAUCCAUUGCAGCAGAGGAAGAUCGAUCAAAAGGUCUUCACCGCCAUCACAAAAAGCCACCCACAGCGCAGUGAAGUCAUCCGGUAUGAUCUAGACAAGUCUCUGCCUAACAUCCAGGACAUCCAGAGUGCCUUUGUUAAAGUCAGGCAGAUCUGUGUCAUAGAUCCUUUUGAGGAGUCAGAAGAGAGGUGGCUCUCAUCAAUUGAAAAUUCACGAUGGCUGGAGUACGUCAGGGCUUUCCUGAAACAUUCAGCUGAUAUAGUGUACUACUUGGAUGGAAAGAAUGCUUCAGUCAUUCUUCAAGAGGAGGAAGACCGAGACCUGAACUGUGUAGUGUCCUCCUUGGUGCAGCUCAUGUUGGACCCUCAUUAUCGCAGCCUCAUUGGCUUUCAGAGUUUGGUGCAGAAGGAGUGGGUGAUGGCUGGCCAUCGCUUCUUGGACAGAUGCAACCACUUAAAGAAGAAUGAAAAAGAGGAGUCCCCACUGUUCCUGAUGUUCCUGGACUGCGUGUGGCAAAUGAUGAACCAGUACCCAGCAGCAUUUGAGUUCACAGAGGCCUAUCUGACAGUACUGAGCGACAGCAUGUGGAUCCCACUCUUCAGUACUUUUCUCUUCAAUUCUCCCCAACAGCGAGCUCAGCACUUGAUGGACUUUGCCAAGAAUAAAGCCAUCCCUCAAGGAGAAGAGCAGGCUGUGUAUUUCCCUCCUGUUUGGGACUGGUCACAGCAGUUCUCCACCAAAGACCAAACCCUCUUUAACAACCCCAUGUAUGUAGGCAAAGGAGCGGCCUGUGUUCAGAAUGGAGAAGUGAAAACCUUCAGACGCACAAAGCAGAAAACCUACAGUUCCACAUUGCGAGGAACGCCUGCAUCUCUGCGCAAUGGACUGAAGAUUGGAGAGGAUUCAUUGACCCGACGGGGCUCUCUGGUGUCGGAGCUGAAGUCUGAUUUUUCACCGGUGAAAGACGAAAGCCCGUCAGAGCGCUUCUUCAGAGACUGGUUCUCUCGAGCUGCUGACCAGCAGGGCCUCCUGAUUCCCCUGCUCUUGCCCUCACACGUGGCUCUCUGGAAGCUCUACUUUCUACGCUGGGUUCCUGAAGCCUGCAUUCCCAAAGGAGGCCCCAUCACUGCCUACCACAAGCUUUCCCAACUGGUCGAUGAAAUUGAGAUACUGCAGAGCCAGCUCAGGCAGUAUAAGGGACCCAGUGGCAGCACGCCAUUCCCCAACCCAAGUAGGCCCUUGUCAGACCAAAGGAGGAUGUAUUUUAAGGCCGCUUCUCCUACACCUCCAGACUUUCUUACCUCCUCCUUUCCUUUCACCCCAAUGGGAAACCUAUGUCGCCGCAGUUUUCAAGGGACCCCCAUUAGCAAAUUUCUGAACGGGGCAAAGAUUUGGCUGUCUACAGAGACUCUUGCUAAUGACUCUCUCUGAACACGCAGGGCUUUAGGGCUCACCUUUCUGAGCUCAGUACAGGUUUGUGUAACAAUUAAUCAUCUUAUUUUCUAUUACCUCUUUCUUAAAUACCAAGAAGGAAAAUGAGAAAUAGAAAAAACUAACUUUGGACUUCUGAUUUUUAAUAAUUUAUAAGCUAGAAUUUGCACCGUUGAUGCUGCAUUGAAUUCUGAGGUAAUUUCUAAACUGAAGUGUCCUCUUUAGGACUGAAUCAUUAUUGUCCAGUUAUUGUUACAGUUGAGGAAUUCAGAUUAACCAAAGCACAUCCUCCUCAUUGGCCAGUGAGUUGUUACUGUGAGGUCUCUUCUGACUGUGAAAGCUCAUCAUACUCAAUGUAUUUGUAUAAUAGAUGUAUCUUCGUGUCUACUUCAGCUUCAGCACUUUUUUUGCUGAGUACAAGAAGACUUUUGGAUAUUUUAUUUUUCAAGUUGAGAGCUUCCUCUCCAAGAUUUACCUGUGAUUUAAUGCACAUUUUAAAGUAUUAAUUAAACUUGAACUAAGUGUGUGUAGCAAUGCCAUCAGUUUAGUUGUCCUUUUGUUGAAUUCUCGUUUGUCAGUAAGACUUCCCCACUGUAAUGGACUUGAAAAAUGUAAUCCAAAAAGUAAUGCUUGAAAUUAGAAAAUGCCUGUUUUUACUGCAGCAGCAAUGAUGCAUUUCACUGAACACAGAUUUUUAUUAAAGAGGAUUAGGGCCACAUGUGAAAAUGUUAUUCAAGUUCUGAGUUUAAAGUUAGAGUUUAGAGUUUUCUUUUUAAGUAAAAAAAAAAAAAAAAAAAGUCUGAAUUCUGACUUUAAACUCGGAGCUCAAAUACAUUUUUUCUACAUGUGGCGCUAAUUGUCUUUCAUGGAUUUCCAAGUACUCGAUUUGUUUGUACCUUCCAGGAAAAGUAAUUGUAAUAUUUUACCUAGAUUUAUUAUUUUUUUCAGAAAGAGGAACAGAAAAUAACCCUGCUAACUGCUAAGUAUUUUACUAUGUGGUAAAAACAAAGAUCUGGCCUGGUUGAAUGUAAUGAGGCGUUUCUUUUCUUCCUUUUUUUUCUUUGCACAAACUGCUAUGUGAUCCAAGUGCCCAUAUUUUAUUUAAUGGCUGUGUUGGCGUUUCACUGUAAGCUACAAAUAGUGCAAGUUCAGGGUCUUACUUUGUAGAUUUACUCUAUUUUUAAAGCAGAGAAAAGGACCUAUAUUUUUAGUAUCAUAAAGCAGGGGAUACUUAGAAGGCAAAGUUGAGCUGUGAGGACUUCAAUCUGUGGUAGAUAUUUCCUCUUCUCUUUUUUGAAGGGGUUUUAUUAAACUUUUAUAGAGGCCUUCUGGUAAGGCACUGAGGAGAAACUAUUCAUAUUAACUGUAGCUGAAUGGAUAAAUAUUUGAAGGCAAAGGGACAGACAAGGAAAAUAACAGCAAUAAAUCAUCUGGAUAGCAAGUGUCAUAAAUACACUUGUGUGUGUAAUUUUGACAUUUUAGAAUAAAAUGACAAUAAAGGUUAGUUGGCAACUAUAACUACAGUCCAUACAGGCUGUUUAAAGAAAACCCUGAUAUUUGUACAUAGGGAAAGGUUAAACAUACUGUACCAUUAACAAUACUUUGUAAUACGUUUGUAAAAAAACAUGUGUUCUUGUUUCCAGAUAAUGCUACUCUGCUUAGAGGAAUAAUAUAAUAGAAAACAGUGAAGCAGUGAGGUUACUGUGCUUCCAGUCAGGAUAGUGCUGGUGAGAUUAGUGCGUUAAGAUUAAGAUGAACAGGUUUUUAUAGUGCAAUCAGAGAAUUUUCUGGCGAGCUAAACUUCCAAUGCGCUGCAAAGAUUAUUUGGAGACUUAAAAAUGUCUGCCUGGGAAGUUUACCACCUGCUGAACUAGAGAGUGGUUUGAGACACAUCAGGUGAAUUGGAUCCGUCAUCCAGUGUCCAUUUAAAACUGGUGAGGAACUAGCACUGUGUAAUAUCCUAAUGUCCUAAAAUAACAGUAUAAGCAUUUAAUAUCAAAGCCCUUAGUCAUUUUAAAUAUACGACCACUGGACAGACUCAACAUCUGUCCUAUUACACAGGAGCAUUGAUCUUGGAUGCUAGAAUUACCAGUUCCCAAUGAUAUUCAGAUAAACUCUUCGGCAAUAACUAGUUCAGGUGUCUUUUGAUAUAGAUGUGUAUAGUGUGAGUGCAGAAACUGCUCUCCCAAAUGCUAUUAAUUGCACAUGUUACUCAACAUAUAGGAUAGUUUGGUUUAAUGUGGUUGUUGAAUAUAAUUUUUGCAAAUAUAAAUACUGUAUAUGCUUGAAAUCUUGUAAUUCAUAGUUUUGAUUAAUGGUACUUAAUAACUUUUAUCCUUGUUUUAGUCUUUAUAUUUUCUGGAAAGAUAUUUAUAUGCUGUGUUCUUCCACUAAUUCACAAUGUUGCACUCUGCUGUAAUUGCAUGAUGACCGUGCUUCCACUGUGGCACAGUUUGAUAUUGAUGAGCAGCAGAUGUAUUUAUUCAGUUAUGCAAAUGUUCCCUAAGUGGGAUGCAAGUGCUACUGUACAUCCCCUGUGCCUUUUUGGGAAGAUUGACCAUUUUUGUAACCAUAUUCUAUAUCUGUUGACUUAUUUUAGUUUUCAAUUCUUUAAAUCUAGUUAAAUACAGUGGUACUGCACUGAAGCUGUUUUUCCUAACAGAAAAUAAGGCUCAAAGGUGUACCAGUAACCAACCAUUACAUUAUUUUUCAAAUGAA